AUAUGGAUGCUAAUGUGGUUUAUAGAUAAUAGGCUCGAUGACAGUACCAAUAUCACUAUAAAUACAUCUAUCGCGAGGUGAUCUGAAAAGAAAUUAAGGGAGGGAGAUCAUGGCAAUGCCAGAAGUGAAAGAAGGGGAAGGAGAAGCCAUGUUCCAAGGCCAAGUUGAUAUUUUGCGUUACACAUAUAACUUUGUUGAAAGCAUGGCCUUGAAAGGUGCUGUGGAGCUUGGCAUUGCAGACAUCAUAAACUCUGAAGGCCAAGGCCAACCCGUCACCUUGUCACAAAUUGCAGCUAAAAUUGCAUCCCCUACCACAAACCUUGAUCACCUCUCACGUCUCAUGAGAUUUUUGGCGCGUAAAAAGGUUUUUGAGGCAACCACUGAUGCCAAAACAGGUGACACCCUCUAUGGCCUCACUUGUUCAUCUAUGUGGCUUUUGAGCAAUGAGGAGCAAAGCCUUGCCCCACUAGUGCUUUUGGCCAACCAGCCCCAUCACAUAGCCUUCUGGCAUUGCAUAAGCAAAUGUAUAAUGGAAGGUGGAAGUGGGUUUGAAAAGGCAAAUGGGUUUAGCCUCUAUGAUGUCCCAAGUGAGAUGUCUGAAUUGGGAAACUACUUCAAAGAGGGUAUGGCAUGUACGUCUAGGAUUGUCAUGAAAGCAAUAUUGUCCAACUAUAAAGAUGUGUUUGAGGGAGUUGGAUUGAUUGCUGAUGUUGGAGGAGGCAUAGGGGAAGCUGUGGCUGAGAUUGUAAAUGCACAUCCACAUAUAAGAGGCAUCAAUUUUGACCUGCCCGUUGUGGUGGCUAGGGCACCAAGGUACCGUGGUGUGACCCAUUUGGGGGGUGACAUGUUUGAUGCUAUUCCCAACGCUGAUGCCAUUUUCAUGAAGUGGAUAAUGCACAAUUGGAAUGAUGAGCAAUGCAUUAAAAUUCUGAAGAACUGCUGCAAAGCCAUCCCUGAGAAAACUGGAAAGAUCAUUAUAGUUGAUGGGGUUCUAGAGCCAGAUGGUGGUGGACUACAGGAUUCUUUUGUUCAAAGGUAUGACCUAACGAUGAUGGUUCAAACUUCAAGCGGGAAGGAGAGAAGUGAAGUUGAAUGGAAGGAACUGCUGAGGGCAGGAGGACUUUCUCGCUACAAGAUCAUCAAAAUCCCAAGUGUCCUGUCAAUCAUAGAAGUUUACCCGGAAUGAACUGCAUCGGUUUUGUUUUGCUAAUUCUAUCAUGUAUCUCAAUAUAUAAUAAAGCGAUUAAAAAUGCUUAGCAUGCAAUAAGAAAUUUGGCUUUACAAUUAUAUUGUUUGAA